AUGGUGGUGGGGAUACUGUUGUCGUGGUGGUGGAAGUUGACUUGGUGCUGCUGUGACUGGUUGAAUGCCUUGCUUUGUGGUUGUGUUGUGAAGGUUGAGGUGGUGGCAAUCGACGUUGGUACAGUCUACUGGGUGGCACCUUACUUCGUGGUGGUGCUGUACCUGGUGUGUGCCUUGUGGUUGGGCAGUUGGCGCUGGUUUCGGGUGCAGUACCUAUCCUUAAGCCCAGGAGAUCUGGAUCCAGACCCGAAUCUAGACCCAGACCUGAAUCUAGAUCCAGACCCAGAUCCUAGACCAAGGAGACUUCGUUCGGAUCAAGUCAAGUUCAAACCAGACUGGUCCAAGUCUGGCUCAGACCCGGUUCAACCCUGGUUUGAUCCAGGCUCAGCCGGUUCAGGUAAUUUCACUCCGGUUCAGACCGGUUCUUCAGUUUUUAGCUUCGAUUUAAUGGUCCAACUCAGUUGCUGCUCCAGUUCAUUGGCUCAGUGUGGUUCUACAGUCCGGUUCAGCAGUCCAAAAGACUUCUACAGUCUGGUUCACCUAUUUUUUACACCAGUUCAGCCCGGUUCAGUAAGUUUCUACUCCGGUUCUUCAGUCCAGCAAUCCUUUUUCCUCUGGUUUAGCAUUCAAGCAGUCCGGUUCAUUUCUUGUUUGCUAUUUGUUGCACUAUUAUGGAACCCAAGCAAGAUACCAGGUCCCUUACUCCAUCUUUGUCUUCUCCGAUUCUUAUUAAUGGUCCCAUGA